GCAUGUCUUCCCUGGUUCGGAUUGGAUAUUGGGGGUACUUUGGUGAAACUGGUCUAUUUUGAACCAUGCAAUUCUCAACUAAACUGCGAAGGACAAGAAAAGGUUGGCCUAGAGGCCAUGCAAGAUUUUAUAAAGUCUAAUAUACACUAUGGUGAAAAUGGAACAAGAGAUGAAGUUCUAGCCAUAAAAAAUGUGGUAUUGGGUGGAAGAGAAGGGCAUCUUCAUUUUAUUCGAUUUCCGACGGAUGUGAUAGAGAACUUUCUUUUACUAGCUAAGGAGUUGCAUGCAUCAGUAUUAAAUAACAAAGUGUGUGCAACUGGAGGGGGAGCCUUCAAGUUUGAAAAAGACUUCAGAGAGGUAGGAGAAAUAAAAAUACAGUAGGGCUCGAAAAAAAUCCUGUCUAGUAGUCCAGGACAAGGAGAUUGCCUUGCUGGGCAAGGGUCCAGCCGCAAGUUGUCCUCUGAAAAAAACAUUAACUAAGUUAAGCAAGAAGUUGCUCUGGGCCUGCAGAAUGUGAGAGCUACUUACCCAAAGGACAAGCUGGAAUUAUUUUUGAGCCCUGAUACAAUUUUUUGGAUCAUCACCAUUUCACUGUUUUUCACAUUUUCUUGAAAACCAAAGUGCAACCCUACAAAUGUACCUUAAACAUUAACCUGACUUUGAUUGAGGGGCAACUAGAUUGAUUGGCAGUGAUCAGGCAGUGAUGCAACUUUAGCUCCCAUAGAUAUAGCUGUAGCAGGGCUGCUUUGUAUUAAAGCUCCCUCACCAGACUACCCUGAGUAAUAUACCAUUAAACUCAUCACCAAUAGAUGAGCUUGGGCACUGGUGCCUAAAAAGUUGGUGGAGCCACGCGAUGCUUUAGCUUGAAAAAAGAGGUAUCCAUGGCAACCCUGUGAAUGUCCCCCGCCUCCCUCCCCGGCCACCAGGCACCAUCACACUGAACUAAUCAGUGGAAUACUAAUCACCAACCAAUACUUACAUGUACCUGGACCUGAAGUAAAUAGGGAGGAAGGGCUGGGAAAAACACAGUACAAAAAUGGCAAGUAAGCAAUAAGUUCAUAGCGAGGAGACUUUGCGAAGAACUGCAAGCCAGCAACUACGUAUUUAAGUCAUGAGGUACCCCCGUUAGGGGCAUCAGGUCACCCCCACUCCACCCCCAGCAUAGUUGGUUAACUUUGCCUAAAUUACAUUUAGCCACUUUAAACUUCCACUUGAUAAUCCCUGGACUUAUACAACUUUAUAAGGGGUUUCAGGAGGGCUUAUAAACAGGGCUUACAUGUAUAUCCAGGGGAACCAGACUAAAAAAUGCAUUUUAAAACAAACCAGGUAGAGAAAAUUGAUUUAGGGGAAUUUGGUGGGAGGGGGGGGGAGCAUAUAGCCAGAUGGAUAUUUUUGGUUCACUGGCCCACUUGUGCUCAUAAGCCCCCUGCAGCUUUGUUGGUAGAGCAUUUGGAUUUAGUAACUAGAAGUUCAUAGGUUCGAUUCCUAUUGACAGUACAUGGAUUUUUUCACUGUCACUGACUGAAAAAUCAUCUUUCUCAUGUAUUCACCAGGCUCAAAAUUCAUCAUCACUUCUCUAUUGUUUUUUUUUCCUUUUACUUAUGGCAGGUCCUAGGUGUACAGCUGGUAAAGUACGAUGAGCUGGAGUGUCUCAUUCAUGGUAUACACUUCAUUAAUUCCUGUUGUGUUCAUGAGUUUUACUACUGGAACAAUCUGCACUGUUUAGAGAAAUCCGAAAAGGUUCCUUAUGACUUUACCAAUGAUUCUUAUCCCUAUAUUGUUGUAAACAUUGGAUCUGGAGUCAGUAUUUUGUCAGUGGAAUCUGCUGAGAAGUUCUCAAGAAUAAGUGGCACAAGGUAAAAGCAAUUGUGUAAUAAUAAUAAUAAUAAUAAUAAUAAUGAUAUUGACAUGAGAAUGAUGAUGAUGAUGAUGGUGAUGAUGAUGAUGAUGAUGACGGUGAUAACAGGAGCUCACUUCACAAAGAGUGAUUUUCAAUGAGGUUCUGUAAAGCAAAAGAAAAAUAAAUAGAUAAAUGAGUAUGUAAAAGUAAUAACUAAAAAAAGUUGAGACCUAAAAAAGUUACUAAUAUAAGCUACAGGUUAAGAUAGAUUAAAAUAUUAAAAGCUGUAAAAUAUCUAAAAUACAUACGUGUAGCUUUUAAUACUCUGCUUAAAAAGAAGAAGAGACUGUGCACAACAUAUCACCCUCAAGAAAAUCGUAAAUUGAGAGAUUUUUUUGUGACAGCUAUAAAUCUAGUGCCUCCACCUUCCUACACAAAAUGGUAACUAACCCCAUCCCCUUUCAUGAUCAACCAUCUUCCCACCCUUGGGAAAGUCAUGAGAGGCUAAGAGCAUCUUCAAUUGAAAAUAUUCCAGAAUAAGUAUCAAUGGAAUACACUCUAGAAAUCACUUAUUUUGGGGUUCAUUGCCUUGCAAUAAUUAUCUAGAAAUCUCCAUAAAAAAAAUUUCCUGCUGUAUGUAGUGUUUCAAGUGGUCCAAAAAAUAAUUAUGACACAAGAGAUUUGCAACAAAACUUUUGCGUAUUCUUAUUCUGGAAUAUGACAAAUUGAAUGCACCUUGUGUAGAACAAAGUUUUCUGUCUAACGAAACAACACAGUGGACCUACACAUCCAAAGUCCUAUAUAUGUAGGAGAUGUCAGUACCCUGAGUGGCAUUGACAGGUAUUUUGGGUAGAGGUGUGCUCUGCCAAGGCAUUGAAACCCUGAUCUUGUUUAAGACAAAGGUUGCUCAUUUCACUGCCUUGUUUAAGACAACAGACCUUUCUUAAUGACCCUGAUUUAUUUCACGUUGCAUACAGAAUUAAGUAAUUUUUCAAACUAACAUCAUUGGCUUAAAAAGACACCCUGUUCUUGACGCUGUAAAUAGUGAAAUCUUAAUACACCCUGUUGUCGAUUCGAGACCCCCCAAAAAACAUACUCUGUUCGGUAGCACACACGUAUAGGCCAAAUAAUUCCCCUCCCCCCCCCCUCUACCCUAACUUCUAAUUCUAUUGGCCAUUUUUAUCAUUAUGUCAGAGAUGUAAUAUUAUAAAUUUUUUCACCUUUGAUUACGAAAUUAAUAAUUUUUACAAAAAACCACAAUUGGUUAAAAAAGCCCCCGUUUUUUGAACCUUUAAAAAAUGAAAAAUUAAUACAACCUGUUUUCGAUUCGAAACCCCCCAAAAAACAAACCCUUUUCGGUAACAAAAACCUAAAGGCCAAAUAAUUCCCCCCCCCCCCCCCCCCUCUACCCUAACUUCUAAUUCUAUUGGCCAUUUUUAUCAUUAUGUCAGAGAUGUAAUAUUAUAAUAUUAAUAUUUCUUUAAAAAUAUUUUAUUUUCAAAAUGUUUUUAGUCUGGGAGGUGGAACCUUUCUUGGCCUGUGCUGUUUGCUGACUGGAUGUGAGUCAUUUGAAGAAGCUCUUUCCAUGGCGGAGGAGGGUGACAGCACAAAGGUUGAUAAACAAGUGCGGGAUAUUUAUGGAGGCGAUUACAACAAGUUUGGCUUACCAGGAGAUUUGGUGGCAAGCAGGUUAAUUGACAGCUUCCUUAUAAAAUGAAUGGCCUGGGGCGAGUGCUCUCAGCCACACAAAAUAAAAAAUAGCAUGUGGGUCAGACUCACUAGAAUUGUGGAUGGUCAGAAAAUGUUAAGGUUCCUGAUCUUCAAGGAUUUUAGUCACAAACUGUAUGAAAACAAAGCUUUAUAGGCUCUGUCUCAAAUGACCCACAUGUGCUUGUACAUGUGUACUUAUAUCAAUCUUGCCCAACCUUUCAAUUUUUUUUUAUAACUGGAAAAUUAAAGCUGUUUGAUCAGUCAGCAAUGUAUUUGGGACAAGGUAGAUGUCAGCUUUAACCAUAUUAAUGUUAUAACACAAUGUAUUAAUUUUACAGUCAGACCACAUUAAUAUGGACCGCAAAGGGACAGAAAUAGAAGUCUGCAUUUUUUAAACAGAGGUGUCUACAAUUUAUUAUAGACUGUGUAAGGGAGUGUCCCCUGCAUUGAUGUUUGGCAUAUUAAAGACCAAACAACUGUUUGAUAAUAGAGAGGUGUCUGUAUAAAGAUAGGCAAAGAUAAGUUCCCCCUUUAUAAUGUACAUACUUGCAGUGUUUUAGGUUAACACAAAAGUUAAAAGUUUCAUGACUGAUUUAUCAAAACGAAUGAUUUUGGACAGUCUUUACCUUCUCAUUUCCACAAUUUGAGAAAUAAUAAUAAUAAUAAUAAUAAUAAUAAUAAUAUAUAUUUUUUUAAAUUUAAUAAUAAAAUAACUUUAUUCAUAGAUUCAAAAAAAUAGACUAUUUACAGAUUCAAGAAUAUGAAUAUUAAAAUAUAUACCCUAUGUACAUUCUUCUUGUGUAGGAAAUAGAAUUGUCGUAAAAUGACUAUCUAAAAACUACUAAUAACAAUUAUAAAAAGCAUCAAAAAGUUAAUAAAAAAAUAAAACUAUCUAAAAAUAAUUCAAACUGAUAAAAAGUUACUACUUAAAUUCUGGCUUGCGCACUUUUGCGCACUUGUAAUUAAUGACAAUAAUAGUCAUAAUAAUAGUUUAAUGGUAAUUCCACAAAGUAGUUCUUAUAAUUAUCACCAUGUACCUAUGCUAAAAAGUAAGCAUAAAGGUGAAAUUACCAACUUAACAUUGGCUAUUUGCCAUAUUGAUGUAAUGAGCCUGUUGUUCUGUUUUAGCCAGCCAUAGAUUUGGAUCACAUUUUUAUUUUCUUGGCUCAAAAGUACAGACAUUUGGCCUUUUCACAAAUAAUCUUUCCUCCUUGUCAACUACCUCAGUUAAUAUGUUUUUUUUUUUCUACAUUUAGCUUUGGAAAGAUGAAUUGUGAGGAGAAUCGAUCACUGGUUAGUAACAAAGAUUUAGCAAGAGCCAUGUUAGUUACCAUAACAAACAAUAUUGGUUCAAUAGCAAGGAUGUGUGCUGUAAACCAAGUGAGUACUGUGAUUUUAAAUUGUACGAGUCACUGAUCCCUGCAGGGCUGUCGUACUGGCUCCAGUUAUUCAAAAGGUGGAUAGCGCUAUCCACUGGAUAAAUUUCUAUCCACUGGAUAGCGCAAUUGGAUUUCCUAACACUUAUCUGCUGGAUAGCGAUUUAUCCUGUGGGUAGCGCUAUCCAACGUUGAACAACCGGGGCUAGGACUUUUGUCAGGUCCUGCUGCUUGUAGGCUUAUGACAACUAGUCACGUUCAUCAUAACGCAUCCUAAUCUUGGUGGUCCUGUGGCACAAAGCCACAAAUGUUUGAGGUAUCAGGGGCAACUGCUGAUUAGCCGCCCCUACUGAUUGAAACUGGACUCCUUUUGACUUGAUUAUAGUUUCUGUAAGUGACCAAAGCGGAUCCAUAAUCAAUGAUUACCUCUAGUAAUAACUAAAGGUUAGGAAGUGCGUGCUAGAUCGCUCUUGCUCCAACACUGUGCUCUGCUUAAGGCCCUGUUUAUAUGAAGUGAACAAGCCUGGAUAGCCAGCCUAGCUCGGUUCAUGCCUUGUUUCUGCAUAAAAUUGUCAUUUUGGUUUAUAUGAGAAUGCGGGCUGUCCCGCUUGCCGAGAUCCGGGUUGUUCGAGCUGAGAUCUUGGCAAGUGUGCCAGCCCGCACCUUCUCAUAUAAAGUCUUAUAGAGUCAAAUAAAUGGAGUAGGGAAAGGCAGGGAGCAACUCUAGGUGUGCAUUUUACUAAGGUGUCCAUCUUUAUAUAGAGUUGUCCAUUAAGAGAGAGUGGACAUUAAAUCCCGGGGGACUACUCAACAAAGUUUUAUACUGUGUAUGAGGAGGCUUUGCCCUGGUGUCCAACCCCUUACCCUUUUUUAUUAUAUAAACACCAAUGAAAUACCAGGUGAGCUUUUAUGCGAAAACUUGAUAUCUUCACAUGUGAAAAUAACAUGUUAUCUUCCCAUGUGAAACUAUCACCGUUGCUAUGGCUACAUGGUAAAUUGUGCCUUUCACACCAAAAACUAUUCAACUGAAAUGGUUUGGUAUUUCAUUGGCGUUUAUAAAUUAUAAUAAAUAGAACAUUACAUGGCCGCACGGAGAUACAAAAUUUCUCUUCGAAUGUUGAAAAAAUAUUUCACUUGUUCACUUCGCUCACUCGUGAAAUAUUUUUCAACAUUCGAAGAGAAAUUUCGUAUCUCUGCACGGCCAUGUAAUAUCCUCUAUAUAUACCAUUUUAAAUAGAAAUGAUACCCCUUCGUAUUCUUUACAUUGACAAAUGGCACCCCUGUAACAUACCUACGUAAUAAUAAUAAAUCGCUGAAACAGAAAGUCACCUUGCCAUUUUCGCGUAACAUUUAAUAAAUUAAAAUGGUAAGCCAUAAGGCUUGUCUUUUUGAAACAUUUCAAUUAAUGUCUUUUAAACUACUUAUUUGAUAGAUUUUCCCGAUCAUUAUACGUUUCAGCAAGAGAGAAUGAGCUAUCUCUUGGUUUCAGGGAAACUGUCCACCUACCCCUCCCCUAAGCCAACAUUUUGCUCUAAGUGAGAAGUAAGUGUUAAUGUUGGCUUAGGGCAGGGGUAGGUGGGCAGAAUUCCCUACCCUUGAAUAUACAUUAAGCCUGAAAAAGGUACCCCUUUGGGCGGAGCCUCCCUGUAUAGGCUGUUAUAGGGAGUACCCCCCUCCCCCACCGGUAGUGAAUGAGAUGUUAAAAUCGCAAUCCUCGGCAGUCUGUUUAAACCAUUAGCGUACAAUAAAUUAAUAAUAGUUUUUAUCCACCCUUCCUAAUGUUACAACUAGUUUCAUAGAUUUUCUCUUAUCAUUUGUUUUAAUUUGCAGAAAAUUGGUCGUGUGGUGUUUGUGGGCAACUUCCUCCGUAAGAACACCAUAGCUAUGAAGUUGCUCUCAUAUGCAAUGGAUUAUUGGUCUAAAGGAACCUUAAAAGCUCUGUUUUUAAAACAUGAGGUAUUAAGAAAUAAUAAAUGUGUCUCUAAGAGAGAGAAAUGCCAAAGGAAUACUGUUAGGCUGCCAUAAUAAUUCCCUUUUUUGUUUUUCAUAUUAAGGAGCUUAAGCAACGACGACUGCGACGGCAACGAGAAUGGCAACAUUGUUGCACGAGCAUCACGCUUUUUUGUACAUUACUUUACUGUUGCACGAAUAGGACGUGAAGAUUCUUAAUUUCACGUUUUAUGGACAUCGACGCAAGACAAAAGUUUUUCUUCCCGUGCAAAAGGACGCAACAUUGUUGGAUGGUACAUGUUACGUCCGUUUGCACACGCUGUUGCGUGUUGUUUGGGGGUUGCUGCGCAAGUUUGAAACUGGUCAAACUUUUGAGCAAAUAACUCGCAACAUUUCUUUUGUUCCUUGAUCACCGACACGCAUGCAUGCACGUGCAUCACACUUUUUGGUACAUUUCCAUUCUGUCACCUCACGACUAUGACGUGAAAAUGCCUAAUUUCACGGUUUAUGGAGAAAGUAAACAAGGGACGACGAAUUUUUCUUUCUGGCUCUUUCUCAACUUAAGUGCGGUCCCCACGAAAUAAACUCUAAGGUAAAUUCGUCUACAUUUGACAUUCUCAGCGAAUUGAAUAAACGCGACAAAGUUUGAAAAUAUACGAAUUCACUUGCCGUCGUCAUCGUCGAUGCUGAAGUUCCCUUUUUUGCACCCCCUCACGUAGAAUGCGAGCAGUCUCUCUUUCGCUCGAAAAUCUGUAAGCCAAAUUAUUUGAGCAGCGAAGUCGCGCGAGUUGCGAGGGCGCGAAUUCGCAACUCACGCGAAAGACAGAAAAACAGCUAGUCUUACCAUCUUGCAAGGUCUUGUGUUUACAAUUUUGCAUGCCGUUAAUUUUAGGUUAAUUCCAUUAUUAUUUGGAAGUGUGAGGUUUGUCAAUAGUUAUCAUUUUCUUUUUUAUGACAGGGUUAUUUUGGUGCAUGUGGAGCCUUGCUGGAACUGAUGACAAGAAUGGAGGCGCAUGAAGAUGAUAGAGAAGCUAGCUAG